CUGGGAACAUGCUCAGGACUGGUCCUGUGGCUCACGACUAGCCAACUGACCAGAAAGGCCCACCCGCGGACUGCAGAAUGAUCUCCAUCAACGAGUGGCAGAAAAUCGGCGUGGGCAUCACUGGCUUCGGCGUCUUCUUCAUCCUCUUUGGGAUACUCCUAUACUUUGAUUCUGUACUCCUGGCUUUCGGAAACCUGCUGUUCCUGACUGGCCUCUCCCUCAUCAUCGGCCUGAAGAGGACGUUUUCCUUCUUCUUCCAACGACACAAGCUCAAGGGGACCAGCUUCUUCCUGGGGGGUAUAACCAUCGUGUUGCUGCGCUGGCCCCUGCUGGGCAUGCUCCUGGAGGCCUAUGGAUUUGUUAGCCUCUUCAAGGGCUUUUUCCCUGUGGCCUUUGGCUUUCUGGGCAGUGCGUCUAACAUCCCCUUCCUGAGCACGCUGUCGCAGAGGCUUCAAGGCUCCAGCUCCAUGGUCUAAAUUGCCGACAUGAGCUCCUUGAACUUGGAUUGUUGGUAGAGGGGCUGGAGGGGGAAUGGGGGCUAUCUCCAUGUACCCCCUCCCCAGCACUGACUUCCUUCCCAUCACUCAUGGGCAUCUCGGAGUCCAGA